UUUCGAUAUCCUCGCUCGAGAUGAUUAACGUACAGACGCACAUUUUUGCGGAGAGGCAGACAGACAGACAGACACACACACAGACAGACACACAGACAGGGGUGAGGCUGGUGUCUUUUUCUUUAGCCUGCAAAUGGCUGCUGCUGCUUCUGCUGUUGGUGGUGAAAGCAGCGAGGGACGGUCCGUGUUUGGCGACGCUGAAGGAGAAGCUGUGGAGACUGGACGGACAGAACGGCGCUAAUGGGUAGAGCAACAGAUUGAUGGAGAAGAAUGGCCCGCAUCUCGUUGGACUGCCCCGUCUCCCUGCCAGGGAUCCCCCUCAGUGUCCUGUCUGUGCCCAUGGAGAAUAAGUACAAAUGUCAGCAGUGUCUCCUGGUCCUGAGGAAGCCCGUCCAGGCUCAGUGCGGCCACCGCUUCUGUGUACACUGCUUCAGGCAGCUCACCAGUUAUGGGCCAAAGCCUUGUGACGCCUGCCGCCAGGAGGAGAUAUACGAGGAGCCCAUUUCAAUUCUCAAUAGUAAUGAGGCGUUUCCAGACAAUGCAGCCGGAAGAGAGAUAGCGAGUCUGCCCGCCAAGUGUUUGAACCAGGGCUGUGAUUGGACAGGCUCCAUUAAAGAGUACGAGGCUCAGCAUGAAGGCCGCUGUGAACUGGAAAGGAUGCAGUGCGAGGCCUGCAAAAUGUCCGUUCUUUGUACGGACAAGGACAGACACAACGAGAGAGAAUGUGAGGAGAGAACGCUCAACUGUAAAUACUGCAAAAUGACCUUCAACUUUAAAGAGAUCAAGGCCCAUGAUGAGAUCUGUCUAAAGUUCCCCUUACAAUGCAAAGACUGUGGCAAGAAGAAGAUCCCAAGAGAAAAGUUUAAUGACCACAGCAAGUCCUGUGCAAAGUCAAAGAGUUCCUGUCCAUUCAAUGAUGUGGGCUGCAAGUAUAUGAUGGAGAACGGGAAGCUGGGCGACCACGAGCACAGCAGCGCCGUGGAGCACCUGCGUCUGCUGCUGCCCCUGGUGCUGUCCUCGGUGUCCCUGGCGGGGGGCGACGCCGCGGGGGAGCUGCAGGAGGACUCCGGCCUGGGCCUGUACAGGGCUCCUGAGGAGGGAGUCGCUACGGGCGCCGGAGCUGCAGCCUCCGCGCUGUCCCUGGACAUGGAAAAAAAGGUGAACGCUUUAGAAAACAUUGUGUGCGUCUUGAACCGAGAGGUAGGGCGCAACUCAGUGACGCUGGAGGCCUUCUCCCACCAGCACCGACUAGACCAGGAGAAGAUCGAAAACCUCUCCAACAAACUGCUUCAGCUGGAGCGGACGGUGUCCAUGAAGGACUUGCAGCUGUCCGCAACGGACCAGCUGCUGAAAGAACUGCAGUUCUGCACCUACGACGGGAUAUUUGUGUGGAAGAUCUCCGACUUCUCGCGCCGCCGGCAGGACGCCGUGGCCGGCCGGACGCCCGCCAUGUUCUCGCCAGCGUUUUACUCCAGCAAGUACGGCUACAAGAUGUGUCUGAGGCUAUACUUGAACGGCGACGGGACGGGCCGAGGGACGCACCUGUCGCUGUUCUUCGUCGUCAUGAGGGGAAAGUGCGACGCUCUGCUCAAAUGGCCGUUCAGCCAGAAGGUGACGCUGAUGCUCUUGGAUCAGAACAACAGGGAGCACAUCAUCGACGCCUUCCGCCCCGACGUCACCUCCACCUCCUUCCAGCGGCCAAUCAGUGAGAUGAACAUCGCCAGCGGCUGCCCGCUGUUCUGUCCGCUGGCUAAGCUGGCGGGCAAGAGCCCCUAUCUGAGAGACGAUACCAUAUUCAUCAAGGCGAUUGUAGACCUCACGGGCUUGUGAGGGGUGUUCUGUGGAAGAUGCACCUGAGCAACAACGGAGCAAACCAGCAUAGUGGGAAAAUGAAUAAUAAUAAUAGAAACACAAAUAUUUUAUACUAUAUACUAUCACUAAUUAUAUCUUAUAUGGAAUUAUUAUCAUAUCUAAACUAGACUUGAAGAAUGUCAUCAAGUGUCACAUUAUGACAAAUACACAGGCAUGUGUACUAUUACAGGGCGGCUGUGUAGUGUUUCUGGACAUCCGGAGGCGCUGCUCUGUGAAACCUCAUGGAGCCUCAUGGAGAUUUUGCUGUUUCUCUCGAUGCCUCGUAGAGUUACGACUGUAAUUAGAUCACGUAAAAAGUUAGUGUUUCAGUUCAUCUUGGUUGGAGGGCUUAAAACUGUCAGCGCUUUAGUUUUAGUAACAUUAAAGUGGCGAUCUUUCAGAUAUCUGCAAACGGGAUGGCGAAAUUACUGGGGGGAAAAUCCUGUAUUACAAGAAAUGGAACUGUCUGAAAACAUUUUGGAAAUAUAGUAGGUUAUUAUGACAUUUUGGAAACAGCCCAAAAAUUCCAAAAGCUAAACUGAGAACAAUGCUGUUCUUUCACUUAAUGUGCCCUUGUUGGUAUUCGGAGGAAAGCUGAAAAUCAUGUAACAAAUAUUUGUAUCAAAUACUCCGUAUAUAGUAUCUACAAUUUUACAAUAACCGGUCAAACAUCGGCCAAAGCCGCCUGGCAGAGGUGAAAGUUUCCCUUUGCACACGCUUGACUUUUAAACAGCGCAAACUGCCCCGUAAAUUCAGUCCAAACUCACUUAGUCAAUCCUAUGAGAGUUUUAUUAUGAAUAUUUACAACAUGACCGAAAUGUUAUUCGGAGCAAGUAAUAGGUUUAUUUUAACUUCGGGCAACUUCGGGCUGCACCAUGAAGUGAAAGAUGCCAUCUUACAAAACUUACAAAAGAAAGUAGCACAAGGAAAAUAAUCUUCUCUAGUUUCUGCACCUCACGAUCUCACUGAUACUCGCUACAUGGGCGCCAGCCAUAGUCAUGCACGCCUUUAAUAGUAUUCAGGUUACACAACAUUUAGCCCAAAUCCAUUCUAGUGUUAAUAGACAUUAUUAACCUAAUAUUUACCUUAUAUCAUAUAAAAUGUAUAAUCUUAUAGAAGCUUUAUUCAUAAUUAUAAUAAUUAGGAGUAAGCUAAAAACUUAAUUUCUUAUUGUUUUUUCCACUUUACUAUAUAAUAUGGAUUCUACGUGUGUGUGUGUGUGUAUAUAUACAUAUGCUUUAUUAAUACUCGAAUGCUAAUCACUUCAUUAAGGGAGUUAUUUGGUGUUCGCUAUUAUAUUAAAUGACUGGUGUAUGAAUUUGUGAA